AAUGAAUAAUUAGAUUUCGGUUAAAAAAAAAUCCAAUAAUAUUGGAACGCCACUAGUUGUUGUGGAUAAAGUUGUCUACUACUUUUGUCUUGUGGAUAGAGUUUUGUCCACACGCAUUCUUGCAUGUGGCUUAGUCACCAAACAUAAUCCCCAAGAAUUUGGACAGAGAGUGGAGGAGCUUUAGCUUGAUUUGGUCUAUGGCGACGAACAGAAAGACUAUAGUUUGGUUCAGAAGAGACCUAAGGAUCGAAGAUAACCCAGCGCUAGCAGCUGCUGCUCGCGAAGGAUCAGUCUUCCCUGUUUUCAUCUGGUGUCCCGAAGAAGAAGGUCAGUUUCAUCCAGGAAGAGCUUCAAGAUGGUGGAUGAAACAAUCUCUUGCUCACUUGAAUCAAUCCUUGAAGGCUCUUGGUUCCCACCUCACUUUUAUCAAAACCGAUAACACGGUUUCCUCUAUCUUGGACUGUGUCCGCGCCACUGGUGCCACUAAAGUCGUCUUUAAUCACCUCUACGAUCCUGUUUCGCUGGUUAGGGACCACAACGUAAAGGAGAAACUUGCGGAACGUGGGAUCUCUGUGCAAGGCUACAACGGAGAUCUAUUGUACGAGCCUUGGGAGAUAAACUCCGAAAACGGCAAACCUUUUACGAGUUUUGCUCCUUACUGGAAGAAAUGCUUAGACAUGUCGGUUGAAUCCGUUAUGCUUCCUCCUCCUUGGCGUUUGUUGCCUCUGUCCGCAGGCGAAGAGGUGUGGGCAUGUUCGAUAGAAGAGCUAGGGCUAGAGAACGAGGCGGAGAAACCAAGCAACGCGCUGUUGACCAGAGCUUGGUCACCAGGUUGGAGCAACGGUGAUAAAACACUAACAGAGUUCGUCGAGAAACAGUUGAUAGAUUACGCGAAAAACAGCAAGAAAGUCGUCGGGAACUCGACCUCGAUGCUCUCUCCCUAUCUCCACUUCGGGGAAGUAAGCGUCAGACGCGUUUUCCAGUGUGUCCGUAUGAAGAAAAUCAUAUGGGCGAGAGAUAAGAACGGGGAAGGAGAAGAGAGCGCUGAUCUUUUCCUCAGAGGGAUCGGUCAGAGAGAGUACUCUCGGUAUAUAUGUUUCAACUUCCCUUUUACUCACGAGCAGUCUUUGUUGAGUCAUCUUCGUUUCUUUCCAUGGGAUGCUGACGUGGGCAAGUUCAAGGCGUGGAGUCAAGGGAGGACUGGGUAUCCGUUGGUGGAUGCGGGGAUGAGGGAGCUUUGGGCUACUGGGUGGAUGCAUAACAGGAUAAGAGUGAUUGUUUCGAGCUUUGCUGUCAAGUUUCUGCUUCUUCCGUGGAAAUGGGGGAUGAAGUAUUUUUGGGAUACUCUUUUGGAUGCUGAUUUGGAAUGUGACAUCAUUGGCUGGCAGUAUAUCUCUGGGAGCUUACCUGAUGGCCACGAGCUUGAUCGCUUGGACAAUCCCGCGAUACAAGGUGCAAAGUACGAUCCGGAAGGUGAGUACAUAAGGCAAUGGCUUCCCGAGCUGGCGAGAUUGCCAACGGAAUGGAUCCAUCAUCCAUGGGACGCUCCUUCAACUGUACUCAAAGCUUCCGGAGUAGAACUCGGAGCAAACUAUGCAAAACCCAUCGUAGAUAUCGACACAGCUCGUGAGCUUCUUACCAAAGCCAUAUCAAGAACCCGUGAGGCACAGAUCAUGAUUGGAGCAGCACCUGAUGAGGUUGUAGCUGAUAGCUACGAGGUCUUAGAGGGUAAUACCGUGAAAGUACCAGGUGUUUGCCCGUCUGCGUCUUCUAAUGACCAGAGAGUACCUUCGGAUGUUCGUUACAAUGGGCACUCCGCCACUGACAAUGGGUCAAAGAGAGUGAAACCUGCGGGAGAAGAAGAUGAAGAAGAGAGGGAGAUGAAGAGAUGUAGAGAAGAAAGGGACUUGUUUUCCACUGCCGAGUCUUCUUCUUCUGAGGUUAGAAGCGUGUUCUUGGGUUCGCAUUCUUGCUCGUUGGUAUCAGAAGGGUAUAACUUGGAAGAAGGUAUUCAAGAUUCUUCUGAUCAGAUUACUACUAGAAGCUCUGUAAAAAAUGGUUAAAAGUUGUUAUUACAAAACCUAACACGUUGUAUAUCUUUAAGUGUGUAUGUGUGUCUCUUGAUUCGUUAUUACAUCGCUGACAACUACGGUCUGUCAACGGAUAUGUAAGGAUGAAGACAUAAAAGGUUGUUUUAUGUGCA